UGGUUUUCUCGCGACAGGUCGGUAAGAUGGCUGUGUCUCGCGGAGCCUCGUGCUGGUUUGGUUGAUUUCUAGCUCGCGCUCUCGUUCUGUAACAGAAGCCCCCCCCUCCAACAUACACAUACACAUAUACACAUACACAUACACACACACACACAUACAUAUACACUUGUGUAGGUGAAAUUCAUUUCCCUGGCUGUGUAUUUAUAUAUUUUUUCUUUCACAAACUUUCCCCUGUCUGUUUAAACUUUAAACGGAGUCGCAGUGGAUCACCGGAUACCUGUCCGGGCGGAGGGCAAAGGGGGGAAUGAACCGGGACAACGGGUACGUUGUUAUAAAUAUAAUUCUAUGUAUUUUCAAUGGUUAUUCGGAGUUUUAUUGUGAGUGAGUCGCCGUGCUGAGAUAGAGGUAGAGAAAGAGUGGGAAAGAGAGAGGAAUAUCAUGGCCGCUCAAGUCGCCAGCGUCGGCACUCUCAACACUAGCCCGCAGAACUCAAAAAGCCGGAUCGGGACCCACAGGAGGAGCCGGUACCGGGAGAGAAGCAGCAUGAAAAUAAGGAACCGGGACCUGACGGCGGAUCUCCUGGCCAUAAGGAGCUGCAGGACGGGACCGAUGCUGGAAAUGCUGGUGGAGCAGGGGAUACUGACAUGAAGAACGGCAACGGAAAUUUGCCCAGAGUAAAUAAUAAUAGCAGUAACCAGAAUGAUACAGGCGGGCCUGAAGGGAAUAACCAUCCCGGGAUGGGACACCACCACACGGGCCCCUUUCCUCCACCUCCUUACGGUUACAACCAGCACUACAGCCGGGCCCCUUUUCAUCAACAUGGCGGACAACAAAGCCCUGGCAUGGCAGCUGCAUCGGGGCCAGGCAUGAUGGACCCUUACCCCCCUAAUUCACACGAACACGGCUAUCCCAACCAUUAUAACAACUACAGCCCCUUCCAGAACAGGACGUCAUAUCAGGGCCAAGGAUACGGGGCCAUGAAUUCCCCGCGUAACAGCCAGCCUCCGGCGGCUGGGGGGCAGCCAGGCAAGCAACAGCCAGCAGGAGGAACAGCUAUGGCUGCUUAUAAUAAUCAGAGAUAUAACAUGGGAAACCAACAACCUACGUCUACGCCAACUUUAAACCAGCUUUUGACAUCCCCCAGCUCUGCCAGGAGCUACUCAAAUUACCCCCAAGGAGACUAUAACAAUCAGGAAGGGGCCAACAAGGGACCAGGAGAUAUGGGCAGCAGUCAGUAUGGUGGGGUCCAUCCGGGUUGGCAACAAAGGACCCACCAUCCACCUCCCAUGAGCCCGGGAAACACUGGACAACCUCCAAACAGAAAUCAGCCCCCAAGUCCACUGGACCAGGUAGGGAAAAUGCGUGGCCAGACAUAUGGAGGUCCUAGUCCCUACUCCCAGCAACAACAAGGGCCUCCCACAGGACCUGGACCCCAGCAGGCAGGCUCUUACCCAGGCCAGGGCUAUGGACCUCCUGGGCCUCAGAGGUAUCCUAUGGGAAUGCAGAGCCGAACACCUGGCACGAUAAGCGGCAUGCAGUAUGGACAGCAGAUGUCAUCCUAUGGACAACAGGGCCCAGGUGGCUACAGCCAACAGAAUCAGGGCUACUAUGGUCAGCACGGCCCCGCACCUCACCCUGGCCAGCAGCAGCCUCCAUACCCUGGCCAACCGCAGGGUAGCUCUGGACCUGCCUACCCCCAGCAGGGCCACCCUCCACAGCCUUCUGGCCAACAUGGGCAGCCAGGACCCCCUUACCAACAUUCCCAAGGUCCCCACGGCCCUUCACCAGGUCAGCCUCCCUAUAACCAGCCCCAACAGUCUCAGCCAGGACAACCACCUUACAUCCCUCCUCAGCAGCAGCCUCAACAGCAACCAGGCCAGAGUUCUCAAAGUCAGCAGGGCCCUCAGGGCCAGCCUGGCUAUCCGCAACCCCCUGGACCAGGGCAGCCACCACAGCAGCAAACCCCACAGCAGCAGCAAGGGCCCCCACAACAACAGCAGCAACAGCAACAACCAGGAGGUCCACCCCCUCAAGCCCAACAACCUCCAGGUCAUGGUCAGCAGGGUCAGCAAUCUCCUUACUCCCAGACACCUCCCUUACAGCAGCAACAGCAGUCACCAUAUCAGCGGUUCCCACCUCCUCCACAGGAACUCUCCCAGGAUUCUUUUAGCUCCCAGUCCAGCGCUCCUCCAUCCAGCCAGCCUAUGGCUUCCAGCAAGAGCAGUCAAGAAGACAGCAUGCAGGGGCGACCAUCCAGUCUGCCGGAUCUGUCGGGCUCUAUCGACGACCUGCCUACUGGUACAGAGGGUGCCCUGAGCCCCGGCGUCAGCACCUCGGGGGUGUCUAGCAGUCAGGGCGAGCAGAGCAACCCUGCUCAGUCUCCCUUCUCUCCACACACUUCGCCCCACUUACCAGGUAUACGCGGACCCUCACCAUCACCCGUGGGUUCCCCCGCCAGCGUCACCCCCUCCCGCACUGGCCCUCUGUCCCCUGCUGCUGUACCAGGUAAUCAGAUGCCUCCCCGGCCACCCAGUGUCCAGUCAGACAGCAUCAUGCACUCUUCAAUGAACCAGUCAAACAUGGGCCAGGACAGGGUCUACAUGCGGAACCCUCAGAUGCCUCCAUAUGGGUCCCCUGGACAACCUGGCUCUGCCUUAUCUCCACGCCAGUCUUCAGGAGGCCAGAUGCAUAGUGGGAUGGGACCCUAUCCCCAGAACAACUCCAUGGGAAACUAUGGGCCACAGGGAGGCCAGUAUGGUCCGCAAGGUUACCCCAGGCAGCCGGGCUACACAGGGAUGCCCAAUGCCAAUUACCCCAGCGGUCCUGGUAUGGGUGGCCCCAUGAACCCCAUGCCCGGGCAGGGCAGUGGUACUCCUUACGGAAGCAUACCACCUGGCAGAAUAGGCCCGGGGCAAAUGGGUGCUCGGCCUUAUGGUCCUGGGAUUGGCUCUAACAUGGCUGGCAUGCCUCCUCAGGUGGGGUCCGGCAUGUGUCCCCCUCCAGGCAUGAACAGGAAGGAUGGUGGCCCCUCCAUGCACCAUGGGCCCACCAACUCAAUACACAACAGGCCACCUAGCUACCCUAACAUGACCCAGGGCAUGAUAGGAGCAGGCUCUCCAUAUGGUCCAAGCAGCAUGCAUGGUAUGAUGAACCAGGGAGCGCCAGGGCCAUACCCAAUGGGGACAAACAUGGCCAACAACACCCCUGGAAUGGCUCCCAGUUCAGAGUUUGGCGUGGACAAAAUGAACCCUACCCAGAAAAUAAACAACAAAGUGGAUGGGACUCCCAAACCUGAAUCCAAAAAGAAAUCAAGCUCUUCCACCAUCACCAAUGAGAAGAUUACUCGUCUGUACGAGCUUGGCCCAGAGCCAGAGAGAAAGAUGUGGGUGGACCGAUACCUGGCUUUUGCUGAGGAGAAGGCCAUGGGCAUGAACAACCUGCCUGCUGUGGGCCGUAAGCCUCUCGAUCUAUUCAGACUCUAUGUGUCUGUCAAAGAGAUCGGCGGCCUCACCCAGGUGAACAAGAACAAGAAGUGGAGGGAACUGGCCACCAACCUGAACGUGGGCACAUCAAGCAGCGCAGCCAGUUCACUCAAAAAACAGUACAUCCAGUGUUUGUACGCCUUCGAGUGUAAGAUUGAGCGUGGCGAGGACCCACCCCCAGACUUCUUCAACACAGACACAAAAAAGAACCAAGCAAAGAUCCAGCCUCCCAGCCCAGCUGGUUCUGGAUCACUGCAAGGACCCCAAACUCCUCAAUCCACCAGUAGCUCAAUGGCAGAGGGGGGAGACCUAAAGCCCCCCACCCCAGCGUCCACCCCCCACACACAAUUGCCUCCAAUGCCUGGCGUCAGGACUAGUGUGAAUCUACAGGACCCGUUUGCUGAUGGUGGGGACCCAGCGUUUUCCCGACGGAAUGCCAUGACUCCUAAUUCUCAGGGCUUCCAGCCUGGAAUGAGUGGCCCAGAAAUGAUGGGUCGGAUGGGUCCCUAUGAAUCCAACAAGGACCCCUUCUGUGGCAUGAGGAAAGCUGGAGAGCAGUUCAUGCCACCAGGGCCCAACAGUGGGAUGGGAGAACAGUAUAACAGAGGCCCGCCCGGCCCUAUUGGCAACAUGCAGAUGGGUCAGAGGCAACAGUACCCUUACGGAUAUGACCGAAGACAGGAGCCCGGCAUGGGCCCUGACAGCACCAUGGGACCAGGAGCUCCUCAGCCCAACAUGAUACCAUCUGGAGCCGACACAGGGAUGUACUCACCCAGCCGCCCUCCACCACAACAACGGCACGACUCCUAUACGAAUCAGUACCCUGUCCAAGGAGCUCCCCCUGGUGGCCCUUACCCAAAUCAGCAGCCAGGAAUGUAUCCACAGCAGCAGCCUAACUACAAGCGUCCUGUAGAUGGAGGGUAUGGCCCCCCCGCCAAGCGCCAUGAGGGAGAAAUGUACAACGUCCCCUAUGGUGGUCAGCAGCAGCCAGGACCCCAGUCCUCAGGACCCCAGGGCCAACAGGACAUGUAUAACCAGUACAACGCAUACCCUGGAGGGGAUCGCAGACCACCAGGCCCACAGAACCAGUUCCCCUUCCCCUUUGGCAGGGACCGAGGUCUGUCAACUGUAGGCCCCAACUCCCAGUCUCAAAUGCCACCCCAGAUGAUGGCAAGCACCGUGCCUUCAGGUCCUGAUGGUCCCCAGGGUCCGAUGUGGCAAGGCCGCAAUGAGAUGGGUUACCCUAGCUAUCCCAACCGACAGGGACCUCCUGUACCUGGUCAGGGCCCUGGAUACCAUGGCAUUAACCGUUCAGAAGAGAUAAUGUCAUCAGAUCAACGUAUGAACCACGAAGGCCAGUGGCCUGGCCACAGCAACCAGCGGCAGGCACCGUUUGGUCCCGGUGGUUCUGGACCUCCCAUGGCCAGACCAUUGCCAUCCACCUAUCAGACUCCCCAGAACCACAUUCCUCAGGUGUCAAGUCCAGCACCCAUGCCACGGCCCAUGGAAAACAGGACAUCACCCAGCAAGUCUCCAUACAUGCAUCCGGGCAUUAAGGUGCAGAAAGCUGGACCUCCAGUACCCGCCUCCCAUAUUGGCCAGGCCCCUGUGCAGCAGCCCAUGAUCAGGCGAGAUGUGGCCUUCCCUCCAGGCUCUAUUGAAGCUACCCAGCCCCACCUUAAGCCUCGCAAGCGGCUCACCAUGAAAGACAUUGGCACACCUGAGGCUUGGAGGGUGAUGAUGUCACUAAAGUCGGGCCUACUAGCUGAAAGCACCUGGGCCUUGGACACCAUUAACAUUUUACUGUAUGACGACAACAGCAUUUCUACUUUUAACUUAUGUCAACUGCCUGGAUUCCUGGAGCUGGUGGUGGAGUAUUUUAGACGCUGCCUCAUUGAGCUCUUUGGCAUCUUAAAGGAGUACGAAGUAGGAGACCCUGGCCAGCGCACCCUAAUAGAUCCCAAUGCUACUGAGGACUCUGAUGAUGAAUUUCCCAUGCCGGAAGGUGAGGACAUGGAUACAGAUGAAGAGGAUGAAGAGGAUGAGGAGGCAGAGGAAUCAAAGACCAAUCCAGAUCCCUCCCCUCUGGUUCAAGUGAAACAGGAGGAGGAGAGCUCCAAGAAAGGCAAGUCUUCAGAGGAUGAGGAAGAGGAGAAGGAAAGGGAGUUUAAUAUCAAGGAACCCAGUACCUCUACCUCCAGGACCCUCCCAGACCCCAACCUGCACUCAGAAAAGCCCAAACAGGCUAGCAAGUUUGACAAACUCCCCAUCAAGUUAGUGCGGAAGAAGAACCCCUUCUUGGUCAACCACUCUUCCAAGCUUGGGCAGCGGCAGAGCUUUGACAGUGGUUUGAUACACUGGAGCAUUGGUGGUGGUGACACUACCGAACACAUCCAGACCCAUUUUGAGAGCCAGAUGAACCUUGUCAAGCAGCAGAAACAUAAACCAACAGCCACUGAGAGCCGCAAGAAGGUCCAUGUGCCUGAGACACCAGCUGAAAACCCUGAGAAAUCCAAGUCCAUCAGGGAGGAUAAGCCUCAGCAGCCGCUGCAAUCCUCUGAUCCUCAGAAGUCUCCUGUGGAGAAAACCUCUCCUCCUCCUCUUCUCAUUGGCACACCUGUCACUGCCACCAUCGAUGAUGUGCUCUCUGCCCGCCCAGGGUCGGUCACAGAGGAAGUGGUUCGAGGAGGCGCAGAGGAGCAGAAGGAGAAUGGCAAGUUUCUGUUCAGCAUCAACCCCGAACUCCAGAGCCGCCGCAAUGUCAAAAUCUUGGAGGAUGAGCCUCACAGCAAGGACGAGACACCGCUCAGCACUCUGUCGGACUGGCAGGACUCGCUAGCUCGACGAUGCAUCUGUGUUUCCAACAUAGUGCGCAGCCUCUCCUUUGUCCCUGGGAACGACCUGGAGAUGUCAAAACAUCCAGGCCUCCUGCUGCUCCUAGGCCACCUGGUGCUGCUCCACCACAAGCACCCUGAACGCAAACAGGCACCAGUCACCUAUGAGAAGGAGGAAGAGGAAGAUGAAGGCGUGAGCUGCGAAAGAGAUGAGUGGUGGUGGGACUGCCUCGAGGUGUUAAGGGAGAACUGUUUAGUCACACUGGCAAACAUCUCAGGCCAACUGGACCUUUCCAUCUACCCAGAGAGUAUAUGCCUGCCACUGCUGGAUGGCCUGCUCCAUUGGGCUGUCUGCCCCUCGGCGGAGGCCCUGGACCCCUUCCCCACCCUGGGGCCCCACGGCUCACUGUCCCCACAGAGACUGGUGCUCGAGACCCUCAGCAAGCUCAGUAUCCAGGACAACAACGUCGACCUCAUACUGGCAACGCCACCAUUCAGCCGCUUGGAGAAGCUCUACGGCUCGUUGGUGCGUCUGGUCGGUGAGCGCAAGGUGGCCGUCUGCCGGGAAAUGGCAGUUGUGCUGUUGGCUAAUCUGGCCCAGGGUGACAGCCUGGCAGCACGGGCUAUCGCUGUGCAGAAAGGCAGUGUGGGUAACCUGCUGGGCUUCCUGGAGGACAGCCUAGCUGCCACACAGUACCAGCAGAGCCAGAGCUCCCUGUUACAAAUGCAGGGUGCACCCCAGUUUGAGCCCACCAGUGUGGACAUGAUGCGGCGGGCGGCCCGAGCCCUGCACGCCCUGGCUAAGGUAGAGGAAAACCACUCUGAGUUCACUUUGUACGAGUCACGGCUACUGGACAUCUCGGUGUCGCCACUUAUGAACUCUCUGGUGUCCCAAGUGAUCUGUGAUGUACUGUUUCUGAUUGGCCAGUCAUGACAGCCGUGGAGAGGCUUCAGCUCUGCGUCUUUACCCCUCACCCUUUUUUGUGUGUGUGUCUGGCUGGCUGUCUGUUGCGUGUGAGUGAAAAGAGCAAAACUGACUGUCCUUUUUUUUUUAAUUUAUGCAAAAAUCACCUCGGACUCCACUGUCUUUCUACCCCUCUUCUCGCUAAUGGAAGAACUAUCAUGAAGGGACUGUGGGUUUUAAACAUCAGAAAAGGAAUGAUACUAGCAGAGAAGAGCAGAUCUGGACCCAGGCAUAGGACGGAGGGCACUGCCCCUGCAGAAAGAACUUUUUUUAAUGAAAAGAAAAAUCUCCAUAAAAAAUAAAAAAACUAACCAAAGUUGCUGUCUCGUUUACAGUGAGUUUGGGGGAAAUAUGUGCUUGCGUUCUCCCUCUGGGGGUCAGCAGGGGACGAGGGCACGGACUAAACAAUAUUAUGGUUCAUGUUUGGAGGCUACAGUACAUAGACUCACGGACUGUGGUGUGGUAUAAUUGCUGUAACUUUGGAUGCUAUAUACUCAGCCCCACAGGAAUGACAUUAUUGGCUGUGAACAUCUGUCAUGGGAGGCCUGUGCAGUAGAUUGUAGGACAUUUUUCUGUACUGUACACCUUAAAAACUGUAAACAUACUGUAAUAAUACUGUUUCACACUGAGAUACGCUGGCCUGGCAGCAAACUGUAGUUUUUAAACAUCGGUUUUAGUUCAUCUGGAGAGAGAAAAUGGCUUUUCCCCCAAAGUAUGGUGAACCUACAACACCCCGACCUCUUCUCUUUGUCCCUUGAUUGUAUGACUUGACCCUUAUAUUAAAAAGUCACCUCUUUAGGACUGGUCCUCAGAUCUAGAUGCAGUCCAAGCUGCAGUGUAUAUAUGAUGUUGUACAUUACACUUCUCUCUCUUUCUCAACUUCUGUUGCUCUUCACUGUUUUUAACCUUUGAUGAUUACAAGUUUCCCUGCAUCAAGUAGGCCAUGUGAUUACUUGACGGCCCACCCUCUCCGUUAUGUUGGUCCUUCGCCCUGCUCAUAUCCUGCUCUGAGGGGUGGUGGGGUGUUUAGCCGCUGUCCAGCACCACCCCCAACAAACACAACUUCAGGUUUCAGUUUGGCUCUGGUCUGGAUGUAGAGAAUACAGCAAAAAUCAUGUCUGCGGUUUCAUUUGAGCUCCUUCAUAAAUGACAAACUAGACCUUGAUGAAGAAACUAUUUUGUUUAUUUUUGUUUCCAGUGAUGCGGAUUCUACAUAUUUGUAUUUCAGAUGAUGUAGCUAAAAACUUGAUGUAAAUUCCUCUUUUUUUCCUUUUUUUGGCUUAAUGAAUAUCAUUUAUUCAGUAUGAA